CUGAACACAAUGUUUGUUGUUUCUAAACCAAGUUCAACUAGCUUUGGAACCGGAUUUUUCGCAACCUCGUCUUCUUGCCAACGCGAGUAUAACGGAAACAGAGAAUCGGAUGUUCAACAAAAAUCAUCAAUUGCUGGUUUAAAAGGAUCUCUUCGCCGCAACUCAUCGAAUCUCUCACAAGAUUUUUCCACUAAUCUUCAGAAUGAAAUUUGUCACGCUGAUGCAACAAAUAUUGAAAUCAACUGCUCUUCCUCUGCAAGGCGUGCGUUCUACGUUCGAGUUGAAGUUCCAACUGGUGAACAAGGAUUAAUCCAUUUGUCAUCUUCGUCUACUACGGAAAUUUUUACUCCACUCCAAACCGGAUGUGGGCAUGGAAAAUGGAAGUUCAUCGUUUGUACUAUGGAAAAUGGAAGUGAGAUCGCACACUCAAAUGUUUCCCGUAACUUGGAUGGAGUUGGAAUUCUCUUCUUCAAUGUUUUUGAUGACUUGGAAAUUUGUCUCACACGACAGGAGUUUCUUCACAUAAGCCACUGCCAUACAAUGCGUCAUUAAAAAUUGAGAAAAUACAUUUUUCGUAUUCUCAUCCGCAACCACUAAACCAUUCCAAACAUAGUUUUAAUUGUUUCAUUUCUAGUAUGUUAAAGUCCUGUUUUACUGCAUGCUUUAAAAGCUGCUCGGGAUAUUGCCGGGUAUAAUUCGUUUAAUUUUAAAAUCUGAAAAUCAUUUUGUUCAUAAUAAAUGUUGGUUUACAAA